AUGCAAUUGUUUUCCAUCCUCUCUUUGUUGUCAUCAUUGAUGUGUUCAUUGACCGUUUUAGGGUCUUCCGCAAGUUCCUAUGUUAAGUUUCCUGUUCAAAAGUUUGCUGAUAUUAUAAAUAUAGGCACACAGGAUGUUUCUACCGUCUUCAAAAGAAAUGAGGUUCUUAACACCACAGUGAUAAAUGGAAUAGGAGUGUAUGUUGUCAAGAUGGAAAUCGGAACGCCUCCACAAACGGUGUACCUACAGUUAGAUACUGGCUCUUCAGAUAUGAUUGUGAAUAAUGCUGACAUUGCCUAUUGCAAAUCGAUGUCUGACGGAUCUGACUACGCUUCAACUGAUAAUUACGAACUCACGGCAACAUUCACUGGGCCUCGUUCUACUACCACCUCACCAGAGCUUAUAACACUGUCCGCUCUUAUAGGGGUAAAUUCAAUGCAAGAAACUCAUCUACUUUUAAGAAUAACGCGACUUUCUUCAAUGACAUAUACGUAUUAG